AUUAACUCCCCAAAUUUUAGUUUAUUUCCCUCGGCAACAUUCCUCCAAUUUACUCUUAUCUUCACAUUCGAUGAACUCUGUAUGUUCCAACUUGUGAUUUGUUGUCACAGUCAAAUAAGAUUCGUCGUUCGCAGAAGCAUACCCUCAGAUCGCGAGUUGAUCUGGGUCUCUUUUUCUCGGUUGGGGUUGGGAUAGUAAUUCUGAAAGAAAAGAGAAGGCAUUAUUAGGACAUGCUGCGUUUGAGAGCUUUCCGUCCGACAAGCGAUAAGAUCGUCAAAAUUCAGUUGCAUCCCACGCAUCCGUGGCUUGUCACCGCGGAUGACUCUGAUCACGUCUCCGUUUGGAACUGGGAACAUCGCCAGGUCAUUUAUGAGCUGAAAGCGGGUGGGGUCGACCAGAGGCGUUUGGUGGGAGCCAAGUUGGAGAAGCUUGCCGAGGGGGAGUCAGAGCCUAAAGGGAAACCAACGGAGGCCAUGCGAGGAGGGAGUGUUAAGCAGGUAAGUUUUUAUGAUGACGAUGUGUGCUUUUGGCAACAUUGGCGUACCCGCGCUGCAGCUGCAGAAGCUCCUUCAGCCAUCAAUAAUGUUACAUCUGCAUUUAAUUACCCUGCUCCAUCAACCAAAGGCAGGCACUUCCUUGUCAUCUGUUGUGAAAAUAAAGCCAUAUUUUUGGACUUGGUAUCAAUGCGUGGCCGAGAUGUACCAAAGCAAGAACUUGACAACAAGUCACUUCUCUGUAUGGAGUUCCUUUCUAGGUCUUCUGUUGGAGAUGGCCCACUUGUUGCUUUUGGCGGAUCAGAUGGUGUCAUUAGAGUUCUUUCAAUGAUAACUUGGAAGCUCACACGUAGAUACACCGGAGGUCAUAAAGGAUCUAUUUCUUGUUUGGUGACUUUCAUGGCUUCGUCUGGCGAGGCUCUUCUUGUGUCUGGUGGUAGCGAUGGUUUACUAAUACUUUGGAGUGCAGACCAAACUCAAGAUUCACGUGAACUUGUACCUAAGCUAAGCUUAAAGGCACAUGAUGGUGGGGUUCUGGCCGUUGAACUUUCCAGAGUGAUAGGAGGAACUCCACAACUAAUUACUAGUGGAGCAGACAAGACAUUGGCAAUAUGGGACACAAUCUCUUUCAAGGAGUUACGACGAAUCAAACCUGUUCCUAAGCUGGCUUGCCAUAGUGUGGCAUCUUGGACCCACCCUCGAGCGCCAGCUCAUGAUAUUUUAACUUGUGUCAAAGACUCCCAUAUAUGGGCUGUAGAGCACCCCACGUACUCAGCUCUCACGAGGCCAUUGUGUGAACUUUCCUCCCUGAUUCCCCCUCAAGCUCUUGCACCAAACAAAAAGCUUCGGGUUUAUUGCAUGGUUAUACAUCCUCUACAGCCCCACCUUGUUGCUACCGGAACUAAUAUUGGUGUUAUCAUCAGUGAGUUUGACGCUAGAUCGCUUCCAGCUGUAGCUCCCCUUCGGGCACCUUCUGGAAUCCGGGAGCAUUCUGCUGUCUAUGUGGUUGAAAGAGAACUGAAGCUACUUAACUUUCAGUUGUCCAGCACUGCAAAUCCUUCUCUUGGAAGUAAUGGCUCCUUAUCUGAAACAGGAAGGUUCAAAGUAGAUUUUUAUGAACCAUUACAUGUAAAGCAGAUCAAAAAGCAUAUCAGUACGCCUGUACCACAUGAUUCAUAUUCCGUCCUUUCUGUAAGCAGUUCGGGAAAGUAUCUUGCAAUUGUCUGGCCUGAUAUUCCUUACUUCUCUAUCUACAAGGUCAGUGAUUGGUCUAUUGUAGAUUCAGGCAGUGCAAGGAUUCUAGCAUGGGAUACUUCUCGGGACAGAUUUGCCAUAUUAGAGUCUGCUCUACCUCCUAGAAUUCCUAUAAUAUCCAAGGGGAGUUCUUCGAGAAAAGCAAAAGAAGCGGCUGCUGCGGCUGCUGCACAAGCCGCUGCGGCAGCUGCUAGUGCUGCUUCUGCAGCCAGCGUCCAAGUUCGUAUUUUGUUGGAUGAUGGAACAUCAAAUAUAUUAAUGCGGUCUAUAGGUGGUCGCAGUGAACCGGUUAUUGGCUUACAUGGGGGUGCACUACUUGGUGUGGCCUAUCGAACAUCUCGGAGAAUCAGCCCUAUUGCAGCAACGGCUAUUUCCACAAUUCAGUCCAUGCCCUUGUCAGGUUUUGGAAGUAGUGGCCUUUCUUCAUUUAGUACAUUUAAUGAUGGAUUUUCUUCUCAUAGAACUCCUGCAGAUGCAGCACCUCAAAACUUUCAGCUGUACAGCUGGGAAACUUUUGAACCCGUUGGUAGUAUGCUUCCUCAGCCAGAAUGGACUGCUUGGGAUGAAACUGUUGAGUAUUGUGCUUUUGCAUAUCCGCAGUAUGUUGUUAUUUCUUCUUUGCGACCUCAAUAUAGGUACCUCGGCAAUGUUGCAAUUCCUGAAGCUACUGGAGCAUUUUGGCACCGGAGACAGCUAUUCGUUGUAACCCCUACUACAAUAGAAUGUGUGUUUGUGGAUGCUGGGGUAACCGCUGUUGAUAUUGAAACAAGAAAAAUGAAAGAACAAAUGAAGCUGAAAGAAGCACAGGCUAGAGCAGUUGCUGAGCAUGGAGAGUUAGCACUAAUCACUGUCGAAGUUCCCCAAUCUACUUCUCAAGAUAGAAUCGCAUUGAGGCCCCCAAUGCUACAGGUGGUUCGGUUAGCUUCUUUCCAGAAUUCUCCUUCUGUGCCACCAUUCUUGACAUUGCCAAAGCUGUCUAAAGUUGAUGGGGAUGACUCUUCAAUGCCAAAGGAGUUGGAGGAGAGACGAGUUAAUGAGAUCGCUGUUGGUGGUGGGGGUGUGUCAGUGGCAGUUACUCGUUUUCCUGUAGAGCAGAAGCGGCCAGUAGGACCACUGGUUAUCAUGGGUGUAAAAGAUGGAGUUCUUUGGCUUGUUGAUAGGUACAUGACUGCUCAUGCCUUAUCGCUAAGCCAUCCUGGUAUUCGUUGCCGGUGUCUUGCUGCUUAUGGAGAUGCUGUGAGUGCAGUAAAAUGGGCAAGUAGGCUUGGGAGAGAACAUCAUGAUGACUUGGCACAAUUUAUGCUUGGAAUGGGCUAUGCUACUGAGGCACUUCAUUUACCAGGAAUAUCUAAGAGGUUGGAGUUUGAUCUGGCCAUGCAAAGUAAUGAUUUGAAAAGAGCUCUUCAAUGCCUUCUUACAAUGAGCAACAGCAGGGACAUAGGGCAGGACAGUCUUACCCUCGACUUGAGUGACAUUAUGAAUUUAACAGCUAAGAAAGAAAAUGUUGUGGAGGGCGUUCAAGGAAUAGUGAAAUUUGCAAAGGAGUUUUUGGACCUGAUUGAUGCCGCUGAUGCUACUGGACUAGCUGAUAUUGCACGUGAAGCUCUAAAGAGGUUAGCUGCUGCGGGUUCUGUGAAAGGAGCUUUACAAGGCCAUGAGAUAAGGGGACUUGCUUUGCGCCUUGCAAAUCAUGGAGAGUUGACACGGCUCAGUAAUUUGGUAAACAACUUGAUCUCAGUAGGGCUAGGACGUGAAGCAGCAUUUUCAGCUGCAGUUUUGGGAGACAAUGCCCUGAUGGAGAAGGCGUGGCAGGACACUGGAAUGCUUGCUGAGGCCGUUCUUCAUGCCCAUGCUCAUGGUCGACCGACACUGAAGAACGUGGUUCAAGCUUGGAAUAUAAUGCUACAAAAGGAGGUUGAGCACACUCUGUUAACAAAGACAGAUGCUGCUGCUGCAUUUAUGGCUUCCCUUGAGGAACCCAAGCUCACAAGUCUAGCAGAAGCUGGGAGGAAACCACCAAUUGAAAUUCUUCCUCCAGGGAUGCCAUCUCUUUCUGCUUCAACUAUUACUGUCCAGAAAAAGCCCAUCUCUAUUGUGCAGACUCAACAACAGCAAGCAGGCAAGCCAUUGCAAUUAGAAGCACCUGCGGGUCCUACACUUGCACCAGGCAGCUCACUGGCUAUUGCAGCAGAAACCGAAACUGCACCUUAUGGCCAGCCUGAAUCUGCACCUUCAAAUGCAAAACCGGUCACUGAAAGUGCGCAUUCUGCUGCAAACCUGGAUGUUGCAGGUGCAUCCGUUACCAAUACGCCAGCAGUAGAAAUUGCAACAGACGCACCCGAAACAAAUGAGGGUGCUGCAAGUGAGCCUGUUGUAGGUAAUAGACCUGUUUUAUCAUCAGGGAGUAACUCUAACCUGGUUGCUUCGGGACGAAAUACACAAGCAUCAUCUUUGAGUGAUACAGCACCAACUGACAUAUCCCCAUUAGUUCAAACCACAUCCAAGGGACCAGCAACCAAUGACGAUGCAAAUGACUGAUUUAGGUGGACUGCAAGAUCAAGAUCUGUUGACAGGGGUAGGGUUUGCUUCAGGUACCUCUGGCUCAUGGCGGUCGUCGUCGUCGCUUGGCUAGUGAGAGUAGUUGUCGUCGAGAACCAAUUUUAGGAUUGAAGAGAGAGGGAACACUAAAAUGAUUUAAGUUGAUGAAUUAUCAUUAAAUCUCAGUAUCAUAUGAGAUGGAUGGUUGAGAUUUAAUGAAUUUCAAAUGAGUUCAGCUGAGGGCCCGGACUCCUAAUGAGUUAAAUAUCCUUUAUUUGUGUACGUUUUAUAUGAUUAAUUACGUCUGAUUUGACAUGCA